AUGUGUUUAAAAAUCAGCCCAAAGUGUGCAUUGAAUAUCAUUGGUCAAGUUUUUGGAAAUGGAGUUGUCUCCAUUCCUUGCUUAAUAAAGUAUGUAAUUUUACCUCCAUUUAUAAUAUGCUAUAUAUAUUUCCUCCAUUCCCCUCUUCUCAUCGACGAUGGCAGAAUGAGCUUUUGGAUGGAAAAGAGAAGCGGGAAGAAAUGUUUCAUGUUGUCUGCGAGGGAACUAGAGAUCACUUGGGCUGAUUCUCCUGAUAUCUGGUCAUGGAUUUCGAUUCCGGACUCAAGGUUUGAGGUAGUUGCAGCGCUUGGAAUGAUAUGUUGGUUAGAAAUCCGAGGCACUCGUCCUCCUAGGGAAGAUGGGUGGUUGGAGAUUAAGCUUGGUGAGUAUUAUGUCGGUUUUGAUGAGGAGGAGGAGCUCGAAAUGUCAAUGUUUGAGACAAGUUACUGUGAUUGGAAAGGCGGAAUCAUUGUUCAAGGGAUCGAGAUUAGGCCAAAAGCAGAAAUGUUGUAA